CUCUGUGAAAUCUUCUUGUGAGAUCAUCUCGAAAUUUCUGCAAUCAACUGCUUGAGUGAGUCACCUCAGCUGACAAAUCAGCGCGCAGGAUCUCUCCAGGAAGCACCUGUCGGGUCUCCACCUGCAGAUCAGCAGGUACAGCCACCCGGAGCGUCAAGAGAGGCACGCUGAGAGAGCUGGAGGAGAAGAAAUCUCGUUUUUAAACGUUUUGUCCCGAGAGCAGCGAUGGUUUGCGGCGGAUUCGUUUGCACCAAGAACGCACUCAGCGCGCUCAACAUCCUUUAUGUGCUGGUGAGCCUGCUGCUGAUUGGCGUGGCAGCCUGGGGGAAAUGGUUUGGCCUGGUCUCCAGUAUCCAGGUGGUGGCAGGGGUCAUCGGCGUGGGAGUCUUCCUGUUCUUUGUUGCCUUUGUGGGUCUGUGCGGUGCCCUAAAGCACCACCAGGUCCUGCUCUUCUUUUACAUGAUGAUCCUCUCCAUAGUGUUUGUGCUGCAGUUUUCAGUGUCCUGUGCAUGUCUGGCUCUCAAUAAAGAUCAACAGAACUUGCUGCUGGAGGCCGGAUGGAACAAAUCUCAAGGCACUCAGAAGGACGUGGAGAGGACUCUAAACUGCUGCGGCUUCUCUCAAGUGAACAACAGCUCGUGUCCUGCUGUCUGCGUUACCACUUCAUCUUGUGUGGCCUGCGCAGACAUCCUCCAGAAUUAUGCCGGGCAGGUGCUGCAGUUUGUGGGCGGCAUCGGCCUCUUCUUCAGUUUCACAGAGGUCCUUGGAGUCUGGCUCACCCACAGAUACAGAAACCUCAAAGAUCCUCGAUCCAAUCCCAGAGCCUUCCUGUAACCGAUCGCAUGUAAAUCAACCCAAAAGUACGCCGCUGAAUCAUUUUUCUUCUCUUUUGUUUCGUAAACCAAACUUAUCUCUGUGUUUGUAAGUUCUAAAAUGAGUCUGCAACUUUUGAUGCACAGUCGGGAUUAAAAUCCUGCAUCCUUUGAAAGCACAAAGCCUCACAGCUCAAAUGAUUCAAACCACUUAAGGAUAAACACACCGUAUCAAACUCUGGCCUUACCUAAACUUUGGCUGUUUAAUAUCUCCACACUUUUAAAAUUGUACGCAUUUGACAGGAAAUGAGGAAAAAAUAAUGGAUCCAGCUUUAACUUAGAUAUUAUUCAUAAGAAAAGAUGCCUGCUGUGGUUCUGGCCCAGGAGCUUCUUACUGUGAGGCAACAGUUUUAACUACUGAGUCCCUGCCAUGUUUAUUACUAAUGACACAGUGAAUCAACAUGGCAUAAAAGCUCCCUGUGUAAAUGGUGCAGGCAGUAAAAUGUUGUGCAAUGUUAGAAAAGUAUGAUUGCAAACAAGGUUUUAAUUUUAUUAGACGUCUGUGUUAUUCAAUGCUUCACUCUCUGUAAACUGACAUGUCAUUGUCACAAAGUGAUUAUGAAUUCAACUUCUUGCUUGAAUUAUUGUUUUUUCGUCUUUAAAGGUUUCAGUCUUUCUUUUAUAACUGCUACUUAAAAUAAGAAGCAUGUUUUGUUUUUUUUUCAUUGUGAACAUUGUGUAUUCUUCUUCUCAUUUAAUUUCUAGGAUGAAAACAUUGAUAGGACUCAUGUACUAUAUAUAAGCCGGCUUGUGCUGAAACAUGUUAAUCAGCCGUGUGCUCGUAUAAGGCACGUGCUGUUUGACGUGUGCUGGACUUUUCUCUUUGUCAGAACGUCACCGGGAUCUUUCAGGAGUUCAUCUAUAAAACUGAGCUACAAUCAACUUUGAUCUCGAGUACGACAUAAGCAACAUGCUGCUGCUCACACUUCUCUAAUGAGCUGUUCUUUUUUUCCUGUUAUGCUUCUGUCAUUACUUUCUCACAGAUAUAUUUGAAGUCAGGAUUCUUGUCUCACUUAUGUCUCUGUUAAAGAGUAUGAGUAGUUAUUUAUAGGUAGUUAUUUACUGAAAUGGAGAUAAUCUUAUGUCAUGUGAUCUUAGUAAUCCAAGCUUCUGUUGACUGUGGGCUUGAAAAUGAUGUCUUUUUGAAGGAUGGUCAGUCAUAUACUUUUCUUUUUCGAUGCAUGUUACUGUCAUAACUCUCACUGGUUCUGGUAUUUAUGUGAAGGCAGUCAUCAAGUUAAGCUGAUUUAACAUUCAUCAGGCCUCUGCUGACCCAUUUACAGUUGGAGUUGGAGUUUAGGUUAAGUUAAAGUCUCCUGUUUGUUUUUUGGAAAACCAAAUGUGAAAGCUUUUAAUGGAAAAAUGCUGUCAAAAUAAAUGUUUAAGACUUCAUUUGAAACAUAUCUUCUAGUUUUUGAAGCUUACUUACGCACUAAGCUUACUUAACACGUGGCCAAAACAAAAUCCAAGCCUAUCCCAAUAAAAGCCACCCAAGCCUUUCUGGCAGUAAAGAAGAGUAAGGCUAAGCAUGCCCUGAUGAUUACUUUUAAUAAUGAAGGCCGGGGAAAUACCCGCUCCUCAUCAUGUAACCUAUGUUGUUUCUCUGAGUGAGCGACUCUUCUCUGCUCUGAACAUGUGAUGGAGCGGAGAGGUGGUCUCGAUGUGAUGAAGAGGCCCGUCAGUCAAAACUACAAGCUCCUGGUUUGUGCUCCCGUCUUUCUCUGGCUGAAACAAAUGAAGCAUAUUUGCAGCUCUCUUUCUUGGCAGACAGUUUGACUUGUCUAACAGGAAGUGACAGAUGAAUAAACUGCUCAAAUUUUGUCAUUUUGAGUGUUAUCACAUUUCCUUCCUGUUUCCAUUCUUUAUGCUAAGCUGAGUUGACCAGUCACUGGUUAAACAGACUCCUUCUUGAACUUUUCCUCUAAGAAUCUCAAUUAUUAUUCUCUCGUCUUGAAGCGGUAAUAAAGAGAAGCUGUGUGAGCUCAGCAAA